GCCCAAGUGAUUGUUUCCAGCGGCUGGAAAGGGAGCGAGUUCACCGAGGAGUUUGCCGUUAACGGACAGUAACGGGAACAAGGGGAAAGACGGAGGAGGUGGAAGAGGAGGACCGGAGAGCCUGCGUCCCCGGGUUUGCUCCCUCUUUCUGGUGUCGCAACAAGAUCACACAGUCUUCACUACGCUCCUCUCAUGCUUCCUGAAAAUGGAUGAUACACAGGACGGGGUUCAGAUUGGAGAGAACAAGUUCAUCAGCAAGGCAACAGUACUCUCCCAUCUUAAGACAUACAACCUCUACUAUGAAGGACAAAAUCUACAGCUCAGACACAGAGAAGAAGAGGGGGAGCUGGUCGUAGAGGGCUUGCUGAAUAUCUUCUGGGGCCUGCGGCGACCAAUCAGACUUCAGAUGCAGGAUGACCACGAGCGAAUCCGACCUCCCCCCUCCUCUACGUCCUGGCACUCCGGUUGUAAUCUGGACAGUCAAGGUUCCCCCAACAGCACAGAUGGUCAACAGAACACCCAGCAGAGCCCGCCCACAGUGGAAGUUACGCCACCUGACAUCCAACCAGAGGACAACGGUUUGAUGGAAGAGCAGACACAAGAGGACAGUGAGAGCUCCUCUCAGCUCCUAAGGACAAAGAGUGAUGCUGGAGUCUUGAGACGGGGACAGCGACGGUCACCAAGCGACCAGAGGAAAAUUCGACGCCAUCGCUUCUCCAUCAACGGACACUUCUACAACCAUAAGACAGCAGUGUUUACUCCUGCUUAUGGCUCAGUGACUAAUGUUCGGAUCAACAGCUGCAUGAGAACACCUCAGGUCCUACGAGUCCUCCUCAAUAAGUUUAAAAUUGAAAACAGCCCAGAUGAUUUUGCGCUUUACCUUGUCCAUGCCAGUGGAGAGCGUGUGAAACUGAAGCGGAGUGACUACCCCCUGGUGCUGAGAGUAAUGCAGGGUCCAUGUGAGCAGGUCUGCAAAAUUUUCCUCAUGGAAGAAGAUCUGGGGGAAGAAGUCACGUAUGAUGUGGCGCAGUAUAUCAAGUUUGAAAUGCCUGUCCUGCAGAGUUUCAUCACCAAGCUGAAGGAAGAGGAGGACAGAGAGGUCCAGAAACUCAGGAGAAGGUAUAAUUACCUGCGGUGUAUAAUUGAGAAGCAGCUCCGUUGUCUUCCAGAGGGGGCGACGUGUAUGUGAUCUGCUCACGGUGAGGGCUCCCUCCAGCACAUCAAACUGUCAAAACCUUUCCCAGCGUAUAAUAUGCUCCACCCAGCUGUGACCAAGAAUUAGCUGACAAGAACCCAGUGUACAUCUUUCAGUGAUUAUCCUGCUCCUCUGAAUUCCAGCCUCUGCGCAAAAUCUUUUUUGAAAUCGUUCAAUCCACUUACAGGCGAAACUCGUAACAUGCCAUCUUGUGUGCAUGUUAAGCGUGACCAUUCCAGCAAUAGUCUUGAGUCAUGAUGACUCACGCGUCCUUGUGAAGUGUCCUGAUUCAGACUCAAUCACUUUAUCUCUCUCUGCUUUUCUGUCACCGUGUCGCUGUCAUCACAUACAGUACACACAGAGAGACAUCCCUGUACUCGUGAGUAAUUUUAUUGACUUUGCAGCAAAAUACUUUGCAGAAUGAGCCUAAAAUGUGAUGUCCUGUCCUCUGUCCACCCCCCCCAGACUGCAAGCUGAUAUCCAAAAUCAAUUUAAAGCACAAACAUCAUAUUAUAUGGUCUUAGUAAAGUGCCUGUUCAAGGGUUUCCCCGAGCACAAAGACACAAGCUUUGAUAAAAAUGCUGAAGUUGUUGUUUACAGGAAAUUCUGGGUGUUUGAACCAGUAAGCGUGCAGCUUUGGUAGAACCACAUCAGACCUCUGGGUCGAUGUGAAACCAACCAGACCACAUGCAGAAGGUCGUGGCCUCACAACACCAAACACCAUCCAGUCCUACAUUGCACCAGGUGCUUUUAUGUUCGAGAAUUUGUUAAACUUUGUAACUGAAAAAAAAUAUAAUUGACCUGCUUCAUGGUAUUGCAGCUGAGAACUUCACUGCAGGGCUUAUUAAAGGCCAUGUGAUCAGAGGGUGGGUUUAUGUUGUUACCAUCAGUCUGAAGGUAACAACAGUUGCCCCAUUUCUGCAGGCAUACAAACUCAAUUUUUAAGGCAUUUUAUGAUUGAAGUGAAAGGACUAGUUUGUCAUUUGGGGAAAUACAUUCAUUCUUUUUCUUGCUUCCAACAGCUGAGAGGAUUGAUACCACUCUCAUGUCUGUACAGUAUAUAUGAGGCUACCACCAGCCAAGCUUAGUGUAGGUGUUGGACAUGUUUGUUUGUUUUUUUUUCUUUUGCAUCCAACAAAGAAUGACACAAAAAGCACAAAACAAGCGUGAAAUCCCACAAGACUGUGAAUUACACUGAUAAUCUUUAAUGGAGAAUGUUUUAAUUGUACGAAUGAUCAUUUCAAAGCAGCACAUCUUGCCUCCACAUGUACAGCGCUUUGCAUAUGUCCGCUCUUAUCAUCAAUAUUUCUAACAUCUAUAUUGAAAAUCUCGCCGUACAGUACUCAGUGGACUGUCAUCAAGAGUAUGUGUGUGUGAUUCUGAAAGCAUGCAUGUUAUAUUUUUAGUGGCUCUUAAGACUUGCCUGCUUUUGUAUUGUGUCUUUUACAAAAUAAUGAAGAAACAUCAUUCUUUAAAAUAUUCAGAACUCAUGCCACUACUUAGAAAAUGUAGAGGGUUUUUUUCGUACGAUGAUUGUUAUUUAAUAAAAAAGUUAUCUUGAGAAAAGACAUACAUAUAUAUCUGUAAUCUCCUUCUGCCUCGUUCAGGUUAGUGGGUGAAAAGUUUAGCAUGUUGCAUAAUGAUGUUUAAAUCUUGUUGUAUAAUUUCAAAUGAUAUAAUAACAAACUGCUCAGACAGACAAGUCGAAGCUUCGGGAGAGCUUGUUAAAUGUUCUAGUUUAUUCACUUAGUGGGCCGUUAAAUCGUUCAGACAAAAUUAGAAACACACACACGGGUAUUUAUGUGUGAUGUCUGUGGUACGGCAGCUUACUGUCCACUCAGCCAAUCAGCAGGUAUGAGCCAGAGUGAUCCACUCCACCUGAUUGAGAUUGUCUGGAGGACAACAGGCUGGCCCUGAAACAUACUUUCCUACAGACAAUCAGAGGAGUCUGAGCUGCAAACACACCUUUUGUGGAAGAGGAACAUCAUCUGAACCGGUGCACUUCUUCAUUUCUGUUGCAAACAGCCACUCAACAG